CACAAACCACGUCACCUCAUUUCUCGGUCGGGACUGCGCCCCGCCAGCUGCUUCCCUGGCGCUCAUUCCCGCCCUGCCGAGAAACAAGUCCAGGACUCCGGGAAGGGACGCAAAGGCAUCGGCGAGUGGCUUCUCGCGAGAACAUGUCUUUUCCUCCUCCUCCUCCUCUUUUUCCCUCCCCCUCCAGUAUUCCUAACCUUCCUCUGGUUCCCGGCACGAGCAGGUUCCAUAUUGGGUAAAAUCUCGGUUCGCGAAGGACCUCCCCUUCGACCCACCCCACGCGAGGUUCUCGCGAGAUCACGUCCAGGAGUUCCCGUCUGCGGGGGGGAGGGGAGGAGCUCGCAGUUUUGCAGGAGCUGGAGCCGCAGCUGGCGCGGGAUCUGCCGUCCGAGUCAGAUCUGUUGCCGCUGCUGCAGCCACCACCGUCAGGCAAAGAAACCCAGCGCUUUCGUCCCUUCUCCAGCCUUCGUGCAGUGGAGGGUAACAGCAGGAAGGCGGCCGCAGUCCCAGGGCCUUGGUGCGAGAAGCCACCCUUGCCUGUGACUAGGGCCCCUGGGGGUGGGCAGAGUCGCCGCGCGCCCCAGGCUGACAGCGACUGCGAGAGCAGGGAUUAGCGGGGAUUGGGGGAGCCGUCGCGGCAGCGGCAGCACCUGCGGGUCACCGGGAGGCUGCGGGGGAGCCUCACCCGGGCGGGCGGAGGCGCUGGCCGGCUUUCUGCUGGGCUCCCUCCCCUUCGCUGCAGCCGUCGGUGGAAGAUGUCUCAGGAGAGGCCUAAGUUCUACCGGCAGGAGCUGAACAAGACCAUCUGGGAGGUGCCCGAGCGCUACCAGAACCUGUCCCCAGUAGGUUCGGGCGCCUAUGGGUCCGUAUGUGCUGCUUUUGACAAAAAAACAGGGUUACGUGUGGCAGUGAAGAAGUUAUCCAGACCAUUUCAGUCCAUCAUCCAUGCAAAAAGGACUUACAGGGAAUUGCGAUUACUUAAGCAUAUGAAACAUGAAAAUGUGAUUGGCCUGUUAGAUGUUUUCACACCUGCAAAGUCUCUGGAGGAAUUCAAUGAUGUGUAUCUGGUGACACAUCUCAUGGGGGCAGAUCUGAACAAUAUUGUGAAAUGCCAAAAGCUCACCGAUGACCAUGUACAGUUCCUUAUCUACCAGAUUCUCCGAGGCUUAAAGUAUAUUCAUUCAGCUGACAUUAUACACAGAGACCUGAAACCUAGUAACUUAGCUGUGAAUGAAGACUGUGAGCUUAAGAUCCUAGAUUUUGGACUGGCCCGGCACACAGAUGAUGAAAUGACAGGUUAUGUAGCCACCAGGUGGUAUAGGGCUCCUGAGAUCAUGCUGAACUGGAUGCAUUACAACCAAACAGUUGAUAUUUGGUCAGUGGGAUGCAUAAUGGCAGAACUGUUGACUGGAAGGACACUGUUUCCUGGUACCGACCAUAUUAACCAGCUUCAGCAGAUCAUGCGCCUGACGGGGACACCCCCUGCCUAUCUCAUUAACAGGAUGCCCAGUCAUGAGGCAAGAAAUUAUAUUCAAUCUUUGACCCAGAUGCCGAAGAUGAACUUUGCAAAUGUGUUUAUUGGUGCCAAUCCAUUAGCUGUUGACCUGCUGGAGAAGAUGCUUGUAUUGGACUCGGAUAAGAGAAUUACAGCAGCUCAAGCCCUUGCCCAUGGCUACUUUGCCCAGUACCACGAUCCUGAUGAUGAACCAGUUGCAGACCCCUAUGACCAGUCCUUUGAAAGCAGGGAUCUCCUGAUAGAUGAAUGGAAAAGCCUGACCUAUGAUGAAGUUAUAAGUUUUGUGCCGCCACCACUUGACCAAGAAGAGAUGGAGUCCUGAAAGCCUGGUCUCUGUUCUGUUGAUCGCACGUCACUGUGAGGGAAAGACCUUUUCAUGGGAACUCUCCAAAAUAUCAUUCAAGUGCCUCUUGUUGCAAAGAUUCUCCAUGGUGGAAGGGUGUGUGUGUAUGUGCGUGCGUGUGUGUGUGUGUGUGUGCGCGCGUGUGUGCCUGUACGUGUGUCUGCUUGUAUACAUGGUUGGUGAGCUGAGUGAGAGAAGAGUGAGGGAGCUAUUUAUAGAGUGACUUUCUGUAAACAUGCUAACUGAAGCUCUUUCAUAGCCUCUGCAUUGGUCCCUCUGGGGAGAGGGCAGUCCAGGCAUCUCGGUUGCCAUGUUGCUGGGGUGGCGUCGAUGUGAAGCCAACAAAACAAAACAAAACCAUAAACAUCUCAGAUCCUGGCUCACUUGUUACCACCAUCAUCUGGGCUCUUCUACGAAGUAUCUGGAAAGAUGGUGGCGAUGAUUCUUGCUUGCCCCUACCAUCCCCGUCCUGGCCCCGUGGAGAAAAGAGGCCGUGGUCAUUCGGACAUCACGAGCCUUUUAGCCGCCUGAAACCCGAAGCUUUUGUCAGCAGCGUGUAUGGCUGGAAGGACCAACCAGCCCCUGUCUGUGCACUAGCACAUGGUCUUCCAGCCUGGCGUGAGCCGCACACAGCGACAGGCGUGUGGGAAACUGUAAAUAUGUGCCUUAUACAUGAAGAGAGAAGAAUGUCUUGGGGGGUCGAGGGAACCUGGCCGGCUAGGGUUCCUGCACUGCCACGCACACGAAAGGGGCUUUGGGGUGGCCACGUGGCCAUGAGCCCAUUAUAACAGAUGAGCCUUCAGAAGCAGCUUUGUGUGCGCCUACAUGUGUGUGCGUGCAUGCAUGUGUAUGUGUGUGCGUGUGCGUGUGUGUGUGUGUGUGUGUGUGUGUAUCUAUUUCUCCCUAUAUUCAGUGUUGCCGUUUCUCUCUGCUCCUCCUUCCCUUUGGCUCAGGGGCCUCCCAGAUAUUGGCCCCAGAAGCCAAAUGCAGGUUCUCGUCUGUGUGCAUCCUGUGUGCGCUUUAUUCCUAGCCAGGUGCAGGGGUGUUGUGCAUGUCUUGCUUUUCGUGCAUGCAGAGCUGCUUGUCAAGUCCCUGAGACAGCGGGGAGAGGCCCUGGUGCAGAGCAGAUUGGGCGGUCUGUUCAGACCCCCUUUCACCUCAGCCGAUGUGUUAGGAAAAGUCUCAUCAACCUCCCUCCUUCCAUCUCCCAGUGCCAUUCAAUAUGAGUAUACUGGCCUAUCCUGGGUGCUUUUGAUGUGAAAACAAUGAAGAAAUGGGACAGAUCAGUGUGUUUCUUUUUUCCUUGUUGUCUUGGUUUUCAGAGAGACUCUUUUGCUGGGCUCUGGUGGACAAGGUCAGGGCUUUUCCCAGAAUCAUCCCAGAUUUUGGCAAAUGAAAGUUCUAUUCACACUGACCCACCAAUUCUUAGAAAUACUGAAGAUCAAAACAAUGAAUAAAAGUGCAUGAGGCCAGAAACUUUUUUUUUCCUGUCUCUUUCUAAUUACAGAGAAAUUUACUGAGAUGUCUUUCUUUCUCUUGAGAAGGAUCUUUGGCAGCUUGGCAUUACUCCUCCCUCACCUAGAGAAACAGGGCAAAGGACUCUGGGUUUGGGAAAAACAAGUUUCAUUUCAGUAUUGUCUAUAUUGCAGGGAUCCUUUAGGAAUGUGAUUCCUAUUUUUAAUGGGGAAGAAGGACAGGUUAUUUCACUAUUUCAUAUAGUCAACUUUCGCCAUCUGAAACCCCUUCAUUACUGGGAUGGGGAAGAAUUGUUUUCAAAAUGCUGGAGAUUUUACGCAUCUUGUAUUACUCACAGGCCCACACAGUCAAGGCUUUUCUGGAGUGAACAAGAGCAGAGCACAUGCCGAGUCAGAUGGGGUGGCCUAGGCUGUUGGAGUUCAUUUGUCAGAGUAGAGUGCAGCCCAGAGGCCUAGGAGACAGUCAGUUACCUCUGAGUGACCACAGCCUGGAGGGACAGACAAAGACAGCUCGCGCAAGCUUCCCACAUACCUCCUAGGAGAAGUUAACUAAAGAUGCCCUCCCUGCUCCCUUGGAUACGCAGGCCAGCUCCUCCCAGAGAAUGUAAAUAUCUCCUGUUACCCACAGCAAGAUGAAUUUUAUUAGCCAUAUUUGGUGCAAACGCUAGUGUAAUUUUACAGAAAUACUGCUCAGAUUUUUUUUUUAAUAAUUAAGGUUUCUGCAUGUGUGCCCACAUGUGUUGAGAGACUGCAUGUCCCAGAAACCUGGACUUUAACUGGACCUUGCCGGAAGCUCUGUGGUUUCUGAACAUCAUUGUUCCUAUCUCCCAGGUCCUCUCAAGAGGACACACUGUGAUGACAGAACAAGGGAGAGACUACUCUUUUAUUUGUAUUCAUGAAUUUUUGCUGUAAUCAGUUCCACCAUAUAGGAUGUCACAAUACCACUGGUUAAAAUAAAGCCUAUUUUUCAAGUUUAA